CGGCAGACGAUGUGUGGGCUCUUAUCGCCUCCAAGGAUUCACCCAAAACCUUUCAAAUGUUACUUCCUGGUAUGUUCAAGAAAUUAGAAAUUAUCCAAGGUGACGGUGUUGUUGGUACAGUUCUUCUCGUUGUGUAUCCUCCAGGAUCAGUACCACUAACAAACGAAGAAAAGUUCGUGACUGUCGAUGACCAUAGGCGUCUUAAGGAGAUAUUACAAACCAAAGGAGGAUAUCUAGACAUGGGUGUAACUUUUUACAUGGAGAGUUUCCAAAUAUUUCCAAGAGGUUACGACUCAUGUGUCUUCAAAUCCAUGGUCAGAUACGAGGUCCCUGAUGAACUUGCUCCCAAUGUCUCUUCUCUCAUUAGUGUCGAAGGGCUUCUUACCAUGGCUAAAGCUGCUGCAAAAUAUGUCGUUGAUAAUAACAAAACAAAGCCAAAUUAUUAAUACCUUCACAGACAUCCGAUGAAACUAUUGACAUUGAUUGGUUCAUAUAUAUACAAAAAUAACACGCCGGUGAAUUUUCUGAAUAGAGAAAGCAAAAACUGCUGGGGGUUGUAAUCUUUACUGCA